AUGCCCCAUGCACUAUCACCAGAGCAAGACGUGCCGAGCUUUGAUGGCAAGAAACUCUUCGUGAACGACGGGUUGCUUCGACCAGGUCAGGUCGGAAAAUUGAAGGAAUCGUCUCCAGAUAUGCCCAUGGAUGAGCUGCGUCGGCGCUACAAUGAAGAUGGAUAUGUCUUCCUCAAGGGGUUACUACCGAGGAGCGAUGUCCUCAAAGCCCGGGAGGAGUACUUCACGUCGCUCGCAUCGAGCGGCGUGCUGAAACCUGGCACCCAGCCAGUAGAUGGCAUAUUCGAUCCUGAGAAGGACGCGGCAGACUUCCCUGGUAUUGGCGCUGGUGCGGCCCCUGGAAAUGGAAAGCCAGGAGAAGCGACGGCGGAGAAAUUUGUUAGUCUGGCGCUCGAAGCGCAUUAUGCAGACUGGUACAAAGAGACGUUCUGCAAGCACCCGGCACUCAAAGACUUCAUUGCUCGUAUGACCAACUGGGGCGACAACACUCUGGGAGUCCGUAGAAGCUUAUUGCGCAACAAUACACCAGGAAACAAGGCCAUUGGCGUACAUUAUGAUCAGAUCUUCCUUCGGCAUGGCGAACCGACGAGUGUCACUGCCUGGGUACCCAUGGGCGAUGUAAGCUUGACUGGAGGAGGCUUGAUUUACUUGGAGAACGGCCAUACGCUUGGCCGUGAAGUAGAGGAAGAUUUCAACCGAAAGGCAGCAGAAAGUGGAUUGAGCGAGGAAGAAACAAGGAACGCUUUCAACCAGAACAUGCUAUCAACAGGGCUGCUCGCUGACGGUCCACGAGAGUAUUCUGACACCUUUGACAGGCGUUGGUUGGUGACAAACUACGAAGCGGGCGACGUAGUCCUCCACAACCCGUUUGCGAUACACGCAUCCACAUUGAAUCACGAUCCAAACAACGUGAUUAGGGUUGGUACUGAUCUGAGAUUCGUCGAUGGCAGCAAGCCAUGGGACACUCGAUGGGACAAAGACUACGAGUUCAAUGACGGUGUGUAA